CUAUAGCUAAGUAUAUAUCUGCCGGGUAAGUAUGUACAAAACUUUAUUGUAUCUUAACAAUAUCAUUUUUACUUUCUUCCAGAAUGGUAGGAGUUUCAUCAUACAGAACCAGGCUAUGUUUGCAAGGGAGCUUCUGCCACAGUACUACAAGCACAAUAAUAUGGCGAGCUUUGUCAGACAACUUAAUAUGUAUGGCUUUCAUAAAGUAGCGUCUGCGGACUCAGGAGGGUUACGCUUGGAGAAAGAUGAAAUGGAGUUUGCUCAUCCUGCUUUCCAACAAGGCCGGGAAGAACUCAUAGAAAACAUCAGACGAAAGGUUUCCCAUUUGCAUCUUUUACAGCAGCAGCGUAGACUUGCAAGCGAUGGAAUGGAUUUUUCUCAGAUACCUACAAGCCGCGUGGGCGUAGAAGAUAAUAAGCUUGGGAAGCUCCUGAAUGAUGUCCGUGAUAUGAAGCGUGAUCAUGACACAAUGAGUACAAAGCUUUUAAGUCUGAAAAGAGAAAACGAGGCACUUUGGAGGGAGUAUGCUAGCAUGAGACAAAAAUUCUCCAAACAACAACAAAUUAUUGAAAAGUUAAUUCACUUCUUGGUUGCAAUGGUUAAGUCACCAUCUAAUCCAAUAAUACCCAAGCGGAAGUUUGGACACCUUGCAUUGGAGGGUAUUGAAGAAGCAGCAUCAUUGAAUACCAUUCCACAGCUAUCACAAAAUGUUGAGGUUCUUGAUGGACUCUCAGGUGGAACGAUGGGAGGGGCUCAAAUUCAUGAAGUAACCGACUUGAUUGAUUCAAAUAAUCCAUCUGCCAUUCCUGAGAUCUUUGCACCAGACCCAGCAAAUACUGCUUUGGAAAUGGAAGAAAUCCCUGUUAAUGAACCUGAGGGUACUAUUUUGUUGGUAGACGGUGAACCGUUUCUAGAGGCGACUGAUCUUUCAAUACCAUCAACAUCAGUUCCAAUUAAAGCUACAAAUGUAAGAAGCCCAAGUGGUAGCAAUUUAUGGCCAGAAAUUCAGAAUUCAAAAUUGCUGGAUGAAGCACCCCUGAGUCCAGAACUCCUGAAUACAGUAGACCCAAGUGAUGUCACUCAGUCCUUCAAGUAUGCUGCUACUCCACCAGAUUCUACUAUCACACAAAGUCCUACCACCAUCAUAACUACUUCCAGUGCUGGUACCAGAUUGGUUUCAGGACCAGGCAAGGUUCAGAUAGCUGGUAAAGGAAUUAAAAAAUCUCCAGGUAGGGGAAAGUUGAAAGCCAUGAAGAUCUCUGAUAGUAAAUCUACCACACAGCCCUCUGUCAGUACGGUAGCACAACCAUCUUUAUCAUUUGUUGCACAGCCAUCUCGGAAUUCCAUUGCCCAGCCAAACAUGAGUGUUGCAGUACCAGACAAGUCAUACAAGGUGUUGCCAGACAUCAGUGCUAUAACUGAUCUAGCCCAGUAUAGUAAAGGUUCCCUUACUGCAAGGAAUAAUACAACUAACACACGGGAAAAUGAAAGUAUUGAUGAACAACCUGAUGAAAAUCGGUGGUUGACAAGGGUGUUGCCAGACAUCUGUGCAAUAACUGAUCUAGACCAGUAUAGUAAAGGUUCCCUUACUGCAAGGAACAGUGCAACUAACACACUGGAAAAUGAAAUUAUUGGUGAACAACCUGAUGAAAAUCAGUGGCUGACAAGGGGUGAUAUGCAAACACACAUGGAUGAUAUGCAAAAUUCCAUAGAAUCGUUACAAGAGAUCAUGGCAUCUGGAAGUUUCAACUUGGAUCCUACAGUUCUUCUGAGUAUGUUUGGGUCAGAUGACACUUUGCCGGAGUUGGACUCAAUGGCAGCAGCUACAGGGAAUGAGUUAUCCUUGUAUAAUCCAAGUUUGCUUGAUUUGGCUGAUAUGGCUGAUGAUUCAGAAGAUGAUCCAAUGAAAUUUUUGAAUCGGUCAUCUGUUGCAAGUACCUCAUCAUCAUCUGCUGGAAUGACACCUUCCUCAUAUUCUAGUACAGCUAAAAGCAAAUCAAGAUCUUCAAAUGUGCCUUUAGCUGUAUCAAUAAAAGAAGAAAAUGUUUGUGAUGAACUUUCAACUCCCAAGAUAUUAACUCCAGUGCAAAGUCCAAUUUUCUGUGGAAAGAAGAGGAGAAAGUGAUUUAUAUAUUAGACAUAUUUAUUAAUUUUAAACAGUUUACGUGUAACUUCUGUAAGGUUUUAUGCAAAACACAACCUCUAAUAUAGUUAACAGAGUGGGACCGUUCUUUAUAAUCAUGUGCUUUCUUGCAGGAGUAAUCUUAGAUCUGUAGGAAUAAAAACCAUUGAUAGCUCUUCACGAUAUAACUCACUUUUGUUUCCAUCAUAAUCUUUUUGACUAGUAUAGAAACAAACUAUUUAAUGGGUAUAUACUUACAUGUAAAGGUUAAUCUUUAUUGCAAGAAUAAUGCAGUUGUCAGUACUGUAUCUAUUUAAGAAUUUCAAGUGGCUUAUAUAGCUUGGAAAAAGUUGGGUAGACUUGUUAGAGCUGAAUAGUUCAAUGGGAAAUUUUAAAACCAGAUUUAGGAUUUUAAGAUGAUGCACAAUUAUUUAAUUGUGUAGAAAAUAGGCUGUGAGGAAUUUUUUGCAAUUUGUUGCACGAGCUAAAAAUGUCUUAUCAUUUGAAAGUUCUUUUCCUCUGCCUUUCAAAACUACUGUAUUGAGUACAGAAACUUCCAGGGUAGAAAUCAUAACUUGGGUAUUAAGCAGUAGACAUGAUACAAUAAACCCUCAAAGUUCUGGACACAUUUUUAAACUUAAUUAUAGAGAAAGAAAAUAUCAGGAUAGAUAUGUAGGAAGUAAAACUUUAAUAAAGAAGCAAAUCGUUGUCACUUCUGUUGCUGUGUUUAACAGUUAACAAUUUAGUAAAUAUGAAUUAAAUGUUCUUACAUAAUAUAGUAAAUAUGAAUUAGAUGUUCUUAGAUAACAGGCAAAAACAGUUAGCUAAGGAGCAUUUGUCUAUUUUUUAUAAUAGUUUUUUAUUGCCUGUUCAACGAAAUUUAAAAGAAUAUGAGAAGCUGAGUCUCUCUCUCUCUCUCUCUCUCUCUCUCUAUCAUUAUAUUUGCUAUAAUAUUAAUUUCAUUGAUGAUUUAGGCAAGAGGUAACCAAGAAAAGUUAGUGUUAUUUCUUAUUAUCCUAAUGUCAUGGGUUAGUAGGCCAUAAGCAGCCAGCCUACUAUAAAACUUUGUAAAGGUCUUGAUCUCUCAAAUGAUCCUAGUAGACACCCCUGUCUUUCUAUUAGUUAUCUUUGAGGGUUUACUGUAUAUAUUUUGAUACUUGGCUUAAUGUCGAUAGUUUUGUCAUUUUAUAACUUUAAUGUUAGUUUUGUUGUCUUAUAACUGUGAGGUGUCACCCCAGUAACUUCACUGCAAAAACCAAUUGUGUGACAUCCUGAAAUGGAGUAAGGUUGAUUUCGUAAAUUAGUUGCUUUUAGCUUUUAUUUUUCUACAUUUAGGAGCACUACCUGAAACUGACCCUUGACCCUUGAGUGAAUUGGAAGAUCACUUGCUGAAUUGAUGGUUAUUCACUGCAAUUGCAUACUUUGCAUAAGAUCUAAUUCUGUCUUAUUAACUCAAAUAUUUUUAUUUUAAUCUUGUAGGUACAAUAAUUAUGUUCAUGGAGUCCAACUCUUAACAACUUAUUUUUUUAUAUAAUAUUCCAUGUAGACAUUUAUUUGAUUUUCAUUUAAUUUUGUAUUUGAAUUUUCCUUUUUUUUUACUAAUGUUUAUUUCAUCUAUUCUGCUGUUACAUUACAAUGCAUCUUGUAUAAUAAAGCAAAAGUUUUUCAUAGGUCCUUUUAAGUAUAGUCCUUAUCAGGUAAUCUAUUUGUUCAGUGGGAAAUUUUUAUUUUUCCUUCAUGUUGUAGCAAGAUUGAGAAGCUGAGAAUCAUAGCAAAUUGGUGGUAGUAUUGCAUGUUUCAUUGCAUUUUAGCAUUUUAUGUAGCAUCUUGUCAGGUGAUUGACCUCAUUCAGUUUGAUUGCCUAGAUAAACAGCAUGUUCCUGUGGAGAUUUUCCUCAAAAGCAGAUCCUUGUUUUUUGUUUUUGUUUUUUUAAGUCAAAAGUUGAUAUCAUCAGGAUUAGUCCUGCUUAAUGAGUGUAGGUAGUGUUAUUUGUGAUACUUGUAGUAGUAGUUGCAUUGAGCAGUUCUGUUCAUCUUACAACAACAAAACUUCAACAGUGCCAGCUACAAUGAAAUUCAAGAUAUGUGAAAGAAAGUUGGAUUCUGAAAUUAUUCAACAAAUAAAGCUUACACCAUUUUUAUCAGUAAAAAAUGAUGUAAGUUAUUGAUAAACAGAUUUAACAUGCAGUUGUUCAUUUGUGAUAUACUACCUCCAAUUUUGCAAUGAAUUUAUUUUAAAGAUUUUGUGUUGAAUUAGUAAGUUGUAUAUAUAUUAGCCAAGAGCUAAGCUAUAUAUUUAAGCCUGUUUUAACACAUUGUACAAAACAACCUGAUCGAAUGCUUCUCUAGUUCAAUUUGUGGUAGCGUAACUAUAAGCAGUCCCCUGUUAUCGGCAAUGGCUCCAUCUGACGGCUUAAUGAUAAGCAAAAACCGCCAAUAACCAAAUUUUCGCACUGAUAACAAGUUAAGGGGGCCGGCCGUCUAAUGCCAUUUUUUACUACCAUAUAUAGACCUAUGUAAUCCUCUAAUCAAAUGAAGAGAUUUUCUCUAAAAGUAAUUUUUUUGCUAGAUAUGAAUUUUUUCAUUAUGGUAAAACUAAACCCUAUAAAUCAGGGGAAAAAAAACAAGAAAAAAAAAAGAAAAAAAAAUGCAAAAAUUGGCCUCAUUUGAUUGUAAUAUAAUGUGUGUCUAAGUUAUAUUCCAAAUUUCAAUGCUAUAGCUUUAAAACUCAGGGAGAAGAUGGAAUUUGAAGGUCAAUAAGUAUAGUUUCGAGAUGAAACUGGUCAAAGUUUUUCAUUGUAUUUUUACAAUGGUAAUGUUAAUAAAUCAUGAUUAUUAUGAAUUUUAUAUUCCUUUUUGGGUAUUAAUAAACCAAAACUAUCUUAUCAUAAUUUAAUCAUAAAUGAAGAUCCCUUUGCUCAUAGAUUGUAGCCUGGGGCACUGCGUCAGGCAAAACGGAGCACUUCUUCCUGUGCAAAACACUUUAUCUCCUUCACUAACUCGGCUUAUUAGAGCAAAUUUUCUUCUUUAUGUUUGUGAGAUGUUUUCCUUGACUUUUCCUCUGGCAUAAUGAAAUUUUUGCCGAAACAAAGAAAAACAGACGUAAAAGCAAGCGAACGUCAGAGGUGAAACUCGAAUGUGUACUCUCUUUUUACAAAGACAAUGUUAAUAAAUCAUGAUUAUUAUGAAUUUUAUAUUCCUUUUUGGGUAUUAAUAAACCAAAACUCUCUUAUUUAUGAAGAUACCUUUGCUCAAACCCUGUAGCCUCUGGCUCUGUGUGGCAGGAAAGAUGGGGCUGUUGGUGCGCUCCUUCCUUUCUCUCUCUCUCUCUCUCUCUCUCUCUCUCUCUCUCUCUCUCUCUCUCUCUCUCUCUCUCUCUCUCUCUCUCUCUCUCU